AAUAGCAAUUUGUCUGCCAUUGGUGAAGUACACGCCUCUUUCUUCUUCUUCUUUAAUUUGAUUGUUCCUUUCUGUGUACCAUCGCUGCUUGCUGUUCUGAAGAAUCAUUACUAUAUUGAUUCUUCACUCGCUCGCUCACUCAAAACUUCUUCUUCUGGUAGCUAAAGUGAAAACUAUAACUUAUGAGUGCAUAGUAAGCUUCAUUUCAUUUGUUCACCGACAACUGAACUCUACUCACGUUAGGGUUUCUCUCUUUCACGCUACUCAGGCAGCGGUAGAGAAGGAAUUUGGAGUUGUUACCUAUAAUGACUGGGUGAUUUCUGCUCUACAAUUUUUUUUCCUUUUCGACAUGGAACUUAGCUUUCAGCUUCCUAAGUUAUUCCAGAAUGUAAACCGAAGAUGGCUUCUUGUACUCGGGGUGGUGGCUGUAACUCACACACUGUUUCAGUUUCUAUUGCUCCCUUACGGAAAUGCUCUUCGCUCUCUGUUUCCCAAUGUAAAUGAUUCAAUGUAUGAUAAAAGGAGCUUCGCUGUCAUACAGUCUUCCAAAAAGUCUGUCAUGGUCCGCUACCCUCUCACGGUUGAUAAGUCGAGCUUGACUAAUUAUUUCAAGUUUGAUGGGGUGCUAGAAAACGCUGAUGAUUCCAAUGGUGGUGGAGAAGAGGUUCACGAUGACGGAACAAAGAAAAAUAGUGAAGACACAGAUCAUGACUUUUCAUCAAAGGAAGGGGACAUGGAGGUCCUGGAUGAUGUCAUCCGGCUUGAGGUGGAUAGAGAUUUGGAAGAUGAUUUUCCAUCUGAGGAUGGUAAGGAUAGACAUGAGACUUUUGCAUCGGGCGGAGUCAAAACUGAAGAAAGUAACCCUGUCUUGAAAUUGGCAAAUGAAGCCAGACUCAACCUCCCUCUUGAGAGGAAUGUGAAAUCAGACCAUGAUAUUCCGACAGACAAUGUACUGCAACAAAACAAAAGUCAAGCACAUAAAGAAUUUGAGCAUGUAAACUCUACUCUUCCUGUAGACUCUCAAGAAGUGGCUUCAUCCACAAAGGCCACCUAUUUGAAGUCAAAUGGAAGUUCCUCUAUUGGUCCUGCUGCCUUAAAAAGUGAUUCUGCAGCCGCAAAAAAUUAUUCUGAAGUGCUGGCCAAACCUGGGAAAAAAAGGAUGAGGUGUGAGAUGCCACCAAAAUCAAUAACAUUAAUAGAUGAAAUGAACAGCAUUUUAGCGCGGCACCGUAGGUCUUCACGCUCGAUGAGACCAAAAUGGUCCUCUGCACGUGAUCAGGAGAUUUUGGCUGCCAGGUCCCAGAUUGAAAGUGCUCCAGCUGCGGUGCAUGAUCGAGAUCUUUAUGCUCCUCUCUUUCGAAAUGUUUCCAAGUUUAAAAGGAGUUACGAACUUAUGGAACGCACCCUGAAGGUCUAUAUCUACAAGGACGGAAAAAAACCCAUUUUUCAUCUACCAAUAUUGAAGGGACUGUAUGCCUCAGAAGGAUGGUUUAUGAAACUGAUGCAGGGAAAUAAGCAUUUUGUAGUGAAAGACCCCCGAAAAGCUCACCUAUUUUACAUGCCAUUCAGUUCACGAAUGCUAGAAUACACCCUCUAUGUACGUAACUCUCACAAUAGGACAAACCUUCGCCUAUAUAUGAAAAGAUACGCGGAAAGCAUUGCAGCUAAAUAUUCAUACUGGAAUAGAACAGGUGGAGCAGAUCACUUCCUUGUUGCCUGCCAUGACUGGGCUCCAUAUGAAACAAGGCACCAUAUGGAACAUUGCAUCAAAGCAUUGUGCAAUGCUGAUGUCACUGCUGGCUUCAAGAUAGGGAGGGAUGUGUCUCUUCCUGAAACAUAUGUUCGGUCUGCUAGAAAUCCCCUCCGAGAUCUUGGAGGAAAACCACCUUCUCAGAGAAACAUUCUUGCCUUCUAUGCUGGAAACAUGCAUGGUUACCUGCGUCCAAUCUUAUUGAAGUACUGGAAAGACAAAGAUCCUGACAUGAAGAUCUUCGGUCCUAUGCCUCCUGGUGUUGCAAGCAAAAUGAAUUACAUCCAGCACAUGCAGAGAAGCAAGUAUUGUAUCUGUCCCAAGGGUUAUGAGGUCAACAGUCCUCGGGUGGUUGAAGCCAUCUUUUACGAGUGUGUACCCGUAAUUAUAUCAGAUAACUUUGUGCCACCAUUUUUUGAUGUCUUGGAUUGGGGAGCAUUUUCAUUAAUCCUUGCAGAGAAAGACAUAUCCAACCUAAAAGAAAUAUUACUUUCGAUUCCAAAGGAGAAGUAUCUUCAAAUGCAACUCGGGGUCCGGAAAGCUCAGCGACAUUUUCUUUGGCAUGCUAGCCCACUGAAGUAUGAUCUGUUCCACAUGACCCUCCAUUCAAUUUGGUAUAAUAGAGUUUAUCAGAUAAAACCUAGAUAAGCAUGUCUGUAGAUGAGCAAGCAACAAGCACACGAAGACCAGUGGCCGGAAUGGAAUAAAUUGUAGCAUAUGAAAGAGUGGUGAAGUUCAUUGUGAAGCUUUAGCAAAGAAAUCAUCCACUUUUGUUUGCCUGUCAAGUCCUAAAAAGAGCUGCUGUUUGAAUUUUAGAAAGAACACGUGAAGGAGCCUUUUGUGUUGCAUUAUCUCAUUAGUGACAGUUUUCUGUGCAUAUCUUGUUUUACCAUUUUCUUCUUGUACAAAGACCCUCUCAAGAAGACUGAAGUUUCUGGCACC